GCUCGGUAUGUCCAAGUUACCAAUAUACUCUCUUUGUAUCAUAAUAAGUGGUAUUUCAAUUUAUGUAAAAUCUUUAAGAAAUUACUCACUCCUAAAAAAUUAUGAGUUUUUCUUAAAGAAUAAAAUCAAUUUCUUCCUGAAAUCUAAAACACCACUUAUUAUGAAAUGAGAGAUUUUUUUUUUUUAAGCAACCACUAAGCAGCUGCCUAGUGGCAUUAAUCAAUCAUUUACAUCAACACACAAAAAGACAACCCAAAAUGGAAAUCCAACACAACACUAAAAGGAAAGUAGAUUCUCUUGGAUGCACAGAUCCACAGCUCCGCAAUCUUCAAACCCAGAGCGACCAACACUAACAGUGAAAAUGUCAGAGCUCUUGCCCCUUCCUUGGCUCAUUGAAGCGAGCACCUAUAAUGUGAAAAUUGGCAACGACACUGUCAUCACAACAGUUGCUGAUCGUGAAACUAUUGUCAACAGUAGCAUCUCGGAACUAAAGAGUGAAUUGAAGAGUACUCCAAAUCCAUUUGUUGGAACUGAUGUGGUAAAUAAUGGAGAUUUGUUGCUGUUUCGUGUGAAAAACCGGUGCCUAAUAAUUCAAUUUAAGCGCAUGGUGGUCUUGGAUAAUCAAACUGGUACCCCCCAGUCUCUUAAGGAGUUCCUGAAUGACCAAACUAUUACUUUUAUAGGUCCUAGAAACAUAAGCCAGAAAUCUACAUUCUCAUAUUCUAUACCUGUGAGCGUCUCAUAUGGUAUAUCUGGAGUUCCCAGCUACAGGAAAUUAGAACUUAGUAGAAUUGUGGCUGUUGGUUACUUGGCUGGCAAGCUUUUGAAGAAGCCAAAGCUGCUGAGUAGUACACUAGAAGAGGUGAUGGCUGAAGCCGACGUUGAUAUUAAGAAGCCUGUCAUUAGUAAAGGCUCAAUACGUCCUAAUUGGCAAUCGUCUUCUGUUCUUUCGGAGGAGGAGGUGAAAUUGGCAAUGUAUGAAGUCCAUUCAUGCUAUCAAAUUGCAAGCAAGCUUACUGAUGCGACAAGUGCAGAACAACUCAAAGAUAAAAGAAGUAUCGUUAAGAAACCUUUGUUCUGUAGUUGUUAUUUAUAAUGCCGUUAUCCAAACUGCUUUUAAGUCUUAGUACUGUAAUAUCAUAUGAUAUUGUUCUUUUAAGACUUUAAACUGAAAUGAUUGUUAGUAAUUUUCUCUAUUUUAUGGACUCACAUAUUAAUAUAUUUAUACA